AUGUCCGCCCGUCGUCGACGUGUUCGCCUUCCAAUCGAGGUGAAGGCGUCGCCUGGAAUGCGGCUUUCGUCCGACGCGGCCGGCGAGCUGAGCUCCGAGUUCCUCACGACACAGCGACCUUUGCUGGAUCUUGUGGCGAGGUUGCGGCCUCAGCUGAGCCAAGAUCCAUUGCGCCAUCCCUUCGAUGUCGGAAUCCGCUGCCUCGGCUGGCGCGGGGCUGUGCCGAGUGUGGCAAAUCUGCGAGAGACAGGCAAGUAUCCCAUGAUGGAUGCCUCGUACCAGUCUGCCACGAUUCCGGGACUCUUCUUCGCAGGCGCCUUGAGCCACGGCAGGGACUACCGGCGCUCGGCUGGGGGCUUCAUUCAUGGCUUCAGGUACACAGCACGUGCUCUCUACCGGAUCCUGCGGUACGAGCAAGCAGGUUGGCCCAACGUGUCCUUUGCCGUGGAUCAGGAGCUUUGGAUGCGGCAGGUGCUUCGCCGGAUUAAUGAAGCCGCAGGCCCCUACCAGAUGUUUGGUGAGCUGGUGGAUGUCCUGCUUUUCAAGGAGGGUCCAGGUGGCCUGGUCGUAGAGUACCUGGAAGAGGUGCCAAUGGCCUAUGCCCAGGAGAAAGGCGAAUUCCGCCGCAGUCCACGCUUGAUCCUCAGCUUCGUCUACGGCCGUCAGUUCAGCCCCGGGGACCUUCCGAGCCCCGGUGCCGUGGGUGCUGAGUUCGCCGAGCUGUCGGCUUUCCUCCACCCCCGCCUGGAGCUCUUCGAAGCCUUUACAGGUAGCGGCCAUUCAUUGCCGGUUCAUGCACAUGCCGUGGUGGAAGAUGUCUUUACGGAGUGGCAGUCGUUCGUCGGUCAUGUGGAUCCACUUUUCCGAUUCCUCGCUGCCAGCGCGAGGAUGGCUUCGAAAUGGCUGCAGGCAGAAGGAGGUGAGGUGGCGGCGGUGGGUUAG